CAGUCGACUUUAACCCUACUCUCCCUCACACAGUAGCAAUACGUCAUUGGUCAGUGCGAGGUGUCAAAUGUCGCUAAAGUGAAAGUCGCUUAGCACACGCGCCACAGUGAAAAUAUGACUGCUUUUAGACGGAAUUGUAUUUUCUCAGGACUUUUAAUUGGGAUAGUUUGUCUUUUGAUAUUUCAAUUUAAUACCUUUCGAGGCCUGGCCUUCAGAAAACGAGAAAAUUCUGCGAAACUACAGACCACAUUGUCUGUACAAACAACAAGAAUGAAAUCAGACGAUGGAGAUUACACGAAAGGUAAAGAAAUAUCUACAAAGACAGAGGAUGAUCCGACAGAAAUCCACGAACAGAAAGACAAGAACAGCAAACAAGAAGAAAUCCAUGAUUCAGAAAUAAGAAAAAUAUCACCAACUAAACCAAGCAACACAACUAGUUCAUCAUUAGUAGAAACCAACGCAAGUGCAAACAUGUCUUUGCCAAAAUCAACACAUACGAAAAAUACACAAGCUGAUACGAAUAAUGAAGACAAAGAAACUAAGAACGCCGAAAAUAAGGGGACUGAUACUGGAAAUACACACAUAAAAGCUAUCAAGUAUACAGAAAUCCCCCCUCAACAAAUUGAUAUUGAAAAUGGACAUAUUGUGAGAGGAUUUGUUGAUGGCAAAAGUUUUUGCAGCCUCAGUUUUGAUUAUGGCGAAAUGUGUCCUACAAGCUACGUUGAACUAGGCGGAAAAUGCGAUCGCACAGAGAAUGGAUUUGAUUGUCCGGAUAUCCGAAAUCAGUCACAGUACAGUCAUCGACAGGGUCAAUUAAUCACGACACGAAUGAUGCGACUCUUUGACCUUAUUGCCAAAAAACACAAUAUCUCUUACUGGCUUACGAGUGGUACCCUUCUAGGAGCUGCCAGACAUCGGGGAAACAUUCCUUGGGAUACGGACAACGAUAUUGAUAUUCCAUUAGCUGAUUAUAUCAAGUUUUUCGAAGUUGCUGCGAAAGAGUUACCAAGUGAUAUGUUUUUACAGAAUUCCAUCUCUGACCCUUACCUUCGGCCUGACAAUAAACAAUACGCGGCCUCUAUAACUCACCCAAAAGUUGGGAUCUAUCAAAGAAGCUGGAAUCCACGACUCAGAGACAAGAAAAGCUGCUACAAAUACUGCAUCAAUUACGGUUGUAAAUGGCAUGAUGGCAUGAUGAUUGAUAUGUUUGUAAUAGACGGAAAAUUGGACGGGAUUUUCCCAUUGAAACAAAUGGACUUUGAAGGAUUUUCGUUUCCGGUCCCUAAUAACUGGAAAGAACAGCUUUCGAAAAGUUACGGGAAAAAUUUUAUGCAGGUCCCUUUAGAGAAAAGUAAAAGAGUACCUGUUGAUUUCCCUGACUGUAAACACAGCUGCAAAGAGCUAGGCGGGAAUUGACGGUGAUCCAUAAUUCUAUUUUGUUCAUUUACAGUUACAGUUUAACUUCCUUUAAUAGAAUUUUUUUAAAUUUGGACAAAUACAAAAGGUUAUUGGUAUCUUCAA